AUGUCUCAUCCAGAAUCUCAGCCAGCCACCGAGCUCAGCCACGAGCCAGAGAACGAGGAGCCGGCCCUUCUUAGCAAAAAGGCAGCAAAGAAAAAAGCGGCCAAGCUCGAGAAGCUCCGUCGCCGCCAGGAGCGAGAAGCAGCGACCGCCGCGGCUCGCGCUGAUCAGUACUCCGCCGCGCCGGAGGACCAACUCGCAGCGAACUAUGGCGACGUGUCACUCAUUCAGCUCCAGUCGAUGAAGAUGGUCGACGUCAAUCUUCGGACGGAGGUCGGAGCUCUAACUGAGGCGUUGAAGGACCAGAAGGUUCGGAUACGCGGCCGUGCGCAGACGAUUAGACCCACCGGGGAGAAGCUGGCGUUUAUUGUGGUCAGAGAGAAGGGGUUCACGGUUCAGUGCGUCGUGACGGUUCAGCCGGAGAUAGUGAGCUGUCAGAUGGUGAAGUACGCGUCGAAGUUGAGCCGCGAGUCGAUUAUUGACAUUGAAGGGAUUGUGUCUAAACCUGAUAUGGCAAUUGCAGGCGCUUCACAGCAGGUGGAUGUGCAAGUUAGAAAGUUGUACUGUAUAAGUAGGGCUGCUGUUUUACCUAUUGAAAUUGAGAAUGCUGCUCGAAGUGAAAAACCUAAUGAGGAUGGACAGAAUACUCGCUUGAAUAACCGAGUACUUGACUUGCGAACAGCGGCCAACCUGGGGAUUUUCCGAAUCCAGAGUCAAGUUGGAACUAUCUUCAGGCAGUUCUUGCUGUCCGAAGGGUUUGUUGAAAUCCAUACACCAAAACUGAUCGCUGGUUCAAGUGAAGGUGGGGCUUCGGUGUUUAAACUAGACUACGUGAAGGGGCAACCUGCCUGCCUUGCCCAGUCACCGCAGCUCCACAAGCAGAUGUCCAUCUGUGCUGACUUUGGUCGUGUUUUCGAGGUUGGUUCUGUUUUCAGAGCUGAGAACUCUGAUACACAUAGGCAUCUAUGUGAGUUCACUGGUCUCGAUAUUGAGAUGGAGAUUGAGUGGAGCUAUUGUGAGGUUAUGGAUAUUGUAAACAGUUUGUUUGUCAAUAUGUUUGACUAUUUGAACAAAAAUUGUGAGAAGGAACUUGAAGCUGUACGAAGGCAGUAUCCCUUCGAACCAUUAAAGUACUUGCCUGAGACUCUACGUCUCACCUUCGCGGAAGGUGUUCAAAUGCUAAAGGAUGCCGGUGUGGAAGUUGAUCCUAUGGGGGACUUGGAUACUAAAAAAGAGAGGAAGUUGGGCCAAAUAGUUUUGGAGAAAUAUGGCACUGAGUUCUACAUACUUCACCGCUAUCCGUUGGCUGUGAGGCCUUUCUAUACCAUGCCUUGCGACGAUAAUCCUGAAUACAGCAAUUCGUUUGACGUCUUCAUUCGAGGUGAGGAGAUUAUAUCAGGGGCACAACGUAUCCAUGUACCAGAAUUAUUGGUCGAACGUGCUUCAGCACGUGGAAUUGAAGUAGAGACAAUAUCAACAUAUAUUGAUUCCUUCAGAUAUGGUGCACCUCCCCAUGGUGGAUUUGGAGUAGGGCUGGAGCGUGUUGUGAUGCUCUUCUGUGGUUUGAAUAACAUCCACAAAACAUCUUUAUUCCCGCGUGAUCCAGACCGGCUAGCGCCUUGAUUUCUUCAGUCAGAUUAGCAAACAAUUAGCAGCUUCCGAUUUAGCUUAUUGAAUUG